UGAUAUCAUAGCAACGAAUUGUUUGGUUGUUUUUUAUCUAAAAUUUCUUAUCCUAGUAUUAAAUUAAUCAUUUACACUUGGGUAAUGUUGUUAUUUGAUUCGACAUUCUAAAAAAUAUAUACGUACAUAUAUUAACCUAAUAAUUAUAUAGUAAGAAAAUUUACACUAAAUUUUGGAUUACAAGAAGAAAAACGAAAGAAUUUAAAUUUUAUACGGUAAUUAUUCCGACGUUUUGUAUUAAAAAUAGAACCUGAAAAAGUAAAUUUAAAUUAAAAUGGCAUACACUACACGUUCAACAUACAAGUUAUCUCAUAAUCACAAUUUCAUAUCUUCUAAGACGUCUUUCGAAGAUAGAGUUUACCGUUCGAAAUCAGCUAAUCCGCCAUCAUCUUUGAUGCCAUUGUAUUCAGCACCAAUUUCAGUGGUUAAGCAACGACAAGUUCCACCAUUUUCGAUACAAUCCCAACAAAAACAUACAGUAGUAAUUAACGGACCGUUAUAUGAAUCUUCCGGAACAACAAAUGAACGAGGAAAAUUAAAAACUAUUAAGUUAUCGGUUCAUAAUGACGGUUCCAGCUCUCAUCGCAGUAAGAGUUUUCACCGUAGUAACUCCUUUCGCAUGUAUUUCGAUCGUGGGGACCUGCCAAUAAAGAUGGAAUAUUUGUGUGGUGGUGACAAAAUUGGUUGGACCGUGGAUAUAGAGAAAUUGGAUUACAGUUUAUAUCUUCCUUUGUUCUUUGACGGUCUUUGCGAAACCGAACAUCCUUACAAAACCUAUGCCAGACAAGGUGUUUCAGAUCUCUUAUUAGCCGGAGGCGAAAAAGUACAUGCUGUCAUACCCCAAUUAAUAUUGCCAUUAAAAAAUGCCCUAAGUACUAAAAAUUUAGAAGUGAUGUGUACAACACUAAAAAUUAUACAGCAGUUAGUACUGUCAUCUGAUCUGGUUGGGCCUGCAUUAGUACCAUUUUAUCGACAAUUAUUACCAAUGUUUAAUGCUUAUAAAGUCAAGAAUCUUAAUUGUGGAGAUGAAAUUGAUUAUACUCAAAAGAAAAAUAUGAAUCUAGGAGAUUUAAUUGAUGAAACUCUCCAAAUUUUAGAAAUACAUGGAGGUGAAGAUGCUUUUAUUAACAUCAAGUACAUGGUUCCUACGUACGAAUCAUGCUAUUUAAACUAAUUAUGGGAAUUGAAAUUGUUUAUUUUUAUUUUUUCAAAAUUUAAAACAAUUUAUAUUAAUUUAAUAAGUUGUUACAUUGUAGUAAAUAAAAUUUAUUUGCAC